AUGGGGAGUUGGGUUGCACUUUCCAAACUCUUCACCUCCCGCUACGAGGAGCUCGGUAACGCUGCGGCAUACCCAGACCUGAUAACACCGGGAACCUCGGCUUGCAGCGUAGUCGAUUAUCCUUUAGAAGCUCAAGAGAGCUCUGAGCGACUCUCCAAUGAUCUUUACUCCACUUUUACAAUCCACUCUACGAUAUCCAAGUCUUGA